AUGAAAGAGCUAGAAGAAUUAUGUAAAUAUAAAAAUAUCAAAGAAAUAAAAACUAUAAAUAUAAAAAAUGUUGGUAAUUUUACAAAAAAAAUUGAAUAUGAAGAUUGUGAUAUAAUUGGCGAAGUGCUAAGAAGAAACGAAUUAAUAAAAGAAAAUAAAAGUUUUUUAUAUCAAUUUAAAAAAAAAAUUAUUGAUUUAAAAAAAACAUUUUCAUAUUAUAAAAUCAAACCUAAUGAUACAAUUUAUGUAUUGCCUGAGCCACCUCCACCUCCCUUCUUAAUAUAUUUAUUUCACCAAUUGUCAGGGAAAGUUCAUUGUAUUGAAUUAAACCAUCUAGAUUCAGUUGCAAUGCUAAAGAAACAUGUUGAAAAAGAAUUGAAAAUAAAAGAUGAGGAUCAAAUUUUAAUUUAUAAAGAUAAAUGCAUAAAUAAUAAAAAAUCUUUACAAGAAGAAUUUUCUACUCGUGAAGUUCUGGUAACAAUUCUUGAUAAACAUGAUAUACCAGAAAUUGAAAAUGACGAAAUAUAA